AUGUCCAUGUAACUGUCUUGGAGAGGACUGUGAUGUGAAUUAAUAAGUGUGUAGAAUUCAAGGAAAACAGUAAAGGAAUAUAAUACUAAAAAAGGCAAUUGACUUUGAACAGCUGUGAAAACUCAAAAAAUGCCAGUAUCACAUGGACUUUUAUCAGCCACAUUAGGUUUCCUAAUCCUGCAAGGAAUAAUGGCUGAAAAUAGUACUGGUGUUCCAUCUCCUAAUACAAAUACCUCUACAGUAGAUCCAUCAAGCAAUCCUCUGUCAACACUACUUGUAACAGGGCUUUCUUCACAAAGUACUGAAAGCAAACUGACAACAAACAUUUCAAGUGCAGUGACUUCAGCUCCGACUGUGGAGCAGUCAUCACAGCUAACUAACAGUACUGCUCUGGCAGAAAAUCCAUUAAGUUCACCUUCAGGAACAGCAUUAGUGUCAUCAUCAACUCAAAGUCCUGGAACGACAUCGGGGGCAGGAAAUGUUUUAAGCUCAAGUGGACUAACACCCCAUAUAAAUGAAAGCAGUGCUACUACUGUAGACGCAAACAGCCCUUUGUCAAGUACAGUACAAUUAGCAUCGCAAAGUCAUGGAAGUAGCACUGCUACAGUAAAUCAGACUAAUGCAGUAGCAAUUACAAAUUCUACAGUAGCACAAGAUUCACAAACAACUUCUUCAACAGUAAAGUCAUCAGAGACUUCUGGAAUGACAUCAGCCAUAGUGCCAGCAUCACAAAAUGGAAGUGCUAUUACAACAGCAGCACCAUUGCAAAGCUCUCAAAGUACCUUGCUAACUGCAAACCCAUCAAACACAUCUAUGCUGACAUCAACUUCAGUACCACAAGCUUCAUCCCUUUCUUCUGUUAGUACUACUAAUACAAGUAAUCAGUUGAAUACACAGACCCCAACCUCACUUGUUACAGCACCAUCAUCGCUGCUCACAGAUAGCAUUAGUGUUAUAAAUAACCUGUCAAGUCCAAGUUCAGCUGUUACAUACAUCAUCAUCAUCAUCCAUAACCAGUAUAAGUAAUGUUAUAACAGCUAACCAGUCAAGUACACAGCCCCUGACCACCGCUGUUACACCAUCAUCCUUAACCAGUGCAACUACUAGUCAUACAGCUAACCAGUCAAAUACACAGCCAACAACUUUAUCAGUUACUGGCAAUUCAUUACUGUACAGUACAAGUAAUGCUUCUACAAAUAACCAAAGCAGUGCACCAAUACCAUCCUCAUCUAUUACUGCAGCAUCAGCCAUAACUAGUGUAAGUACUUCUGUUCCAGUUAUGCAGGUUACAACACAAACAUCACAGUAUAACACAAGUACUACUGCUACAACUAACCAGUCAACUACACACACACCAUCCUCAGCUGUUAUGGAACCAUCAUCUACUUCCAAUGUAAGUACUCUUGUUACAAGUAGCCAGAGAAGUACAGAGGUGCCAUUUUCAGCUGUUGCAACUACAUCAUCUCUGCACAAUGCAAGCACUAGUGUUACAACUAACCAGUCAAGUACACUCACACCAUCCACAGCUGUUACAGCACCAUUAAUCACUUCCAAUGUAAGUACUUCUACUACAACUAACCAGCCAAAUACUCAGAUGCCAAAUUCAGCUGUUACAGCUACACCAUCUCUGUACAAUGCAAGCACUAGUGUUACAACUAACCAGUCAACUACACACACACCAUCCCCAGCUAUUACGGAACCAUUAAUGACUUCCAAUGUAAGUACUCUCGUUACAAGUAACCAGACAAGUACACAGGUGCCAUAUUCAGCUGUUACGACAUCAUCGCUGUACAAUGCAAGCACCAGUGUUACAACUAACCAGUCAACUACACAUACACCAUCCCCAGCUUUUACAGAACCAUUAAUCACUUCCAAUGUAAGUACUUCUGUUACAAGUAACCAGACAAGUACACAGGUGCCAUAUUCAGCUGUUACGACAUCAUUGCUGUACAAUGCAAGCACUAGUGUUACAACUUACCAGUCAAGUACACACACACCAUCCCCAGCUGUUACAGAACCAUUAAUCACUUCCAAUGUAAGUACUCCUGUUACAAGUAACCAGACAAGUAUGCAGGUGCCAAAUUCAGCUGUUACAGCUACAUCAUCACUGUACAAUGCAAGCACGAGUGUUACAACUAACCAGUCAACUACCCACACACCAUCCCCAGUUGUUACAGAACCAUUAAUCACUUCCAAUGUAAGUACUCCUGUUACAAGUAAUCAGUCAAGUACGCAGGUGCCAUAUUCAGCUGUUACAACUACAUCAUCUCUGUACAAUGCAAGCACUAGUGUUACAACUAACCAGUCAACUACACACACACCAUCCCCAGCUAUUACGGAACCAUUAAUGACUUCCAAUGUAAGUACUCUUGUUACAAGUAACCAGACAAGUACACAGGUGCCAUAUUCAGCCGUUACGACAUCAUCGCUGUACAAUGCAAGCACUAGUGUUACAACUAACCAGUCAACUACACCCACACCAUCCUCAGCUAUUACAGAACCAUUAAUCAUUUCCAAUGUAAGUACUCCUAUUACAAGUAACCAGACAAGUAUGCAGGUGCCAAAUUCAGCUGUUACAGCUACAUCAUCACUGUACAAUGUAAGCACGAGUGUUACAACUAACCAGUCAACUACACACACACCUUCCCCAGCUGUUACAGAACCAUUAAUCACUUCCAAUGUAAGUACUCUCGUUACAAGUAACCAGACAAGUACACAAGUGCCAUAUUCAGCUGUUACGACAUCAUCGCUGUACAAUGCAAGCACUAGUGUUACAACUAACCAGUCAACUACACACACACCAUCCCCAGCUAUUACAGAACCAUUAAUGACUUCCAAUGUAAGUACUCUCGUUACAAGUAACCAGACAAGUACACAGGUGCCAUAUUCAGCUGUUACGACAUCAUCGCUGUACAAUGCAAGCACUAGUGUUACAACUAACCAGUCAACUACACACACACCAUCCCCAGCUGUUACAGAGCCAUUAAUCACUUCCAAUGUAAGUACUCCUGUUACAAGUAACCAGACAAGUGCACAGGUGCCAUAUUCAGCUGUUACGACAUCAUUGCUGUACAAUGCAAGCACUAGUGUUACAACUAACCAGUCAAGUACACACACACCAUCCCCAGCUAUUACAGAACCAUUAAUGACUUCCAAUGUAAGUACUCCUGUUACAAGUAACCAGACAAGUACACAGGUGCCAUAUUCAGCUGUUACGACAUCAUUGCUGUACAAUGCAAGCACUAGUGUUAUAACUAACCAGUCAAGUACACACACACCAUCCCCAGCUGUUACAGAACCAUUAAUCACUUCCAAUGUAAGUACUCCUGUUACAAGUAACCAGACAAGUAUGCAGGUGCCAAAUUCAGCUGUUACGACAUCAUCGCUGUACAAUGCAAGCACUAGUGUUACAACUAACCAGUCAACUACACACACACCAUCCCCAGCUGUUACAGAACCAUUAAUCACUUCCAAUGUAAGUACUCCUGUUACAAGUAACCAGACAAGUACGCAGGUGCCAUAUUCAGCUGUUACAACUACAUCAUCAUUAUACAAUGCAAGCAUUAGUGUUACAACUAACCAGUCAAGUACACACACACCAUCCUCAGCUGUUAUGGAAUCAUUAAUCACUUCCAAUGUAAGUACUCCUUUUACAAGUAACCAGACAAGUACGCAGGCACCAUAUUCAGCUGUUAUGUCUACAUCAUCGCUGUACAAUGCAAGCACUAGUGUUACAACUAACCAGUCAAGUACACUCACACCAUCCACAGCUGUUACAGAACCAGUAGUCACUUCCAAUGUAAGUACUCCUGCUACAAGUAACCAGACAAGUACGCAGGUGCCAUAUUCAUCUGUUACGGCAACAUCAGUGCUGUACAAUGCAAGCACUAGUGUUGCAACUAACCAGUCAAGUACACUCACACCAACCCCAGCUGUUACACAAUCAUUAAUCACUUCCAAUGUUAGUACUCCUGUUGCAAGUAACCAGACAAGUAUGCAGGUGCCAGAUUCAGCUGUUACAACUACGUCAUCACUGUACAAUGCAAGCACUAGUGUUACAACUAACCAGUCAAGUACACAUGCACCAUCCUCAGCUGUUACAGAACCAUUAAUGACUUCCAAUGUAAGUAAUCCUGUUACAAGUAACCAGACAAGUACUCAAGUGCCAUAUUCAACUGUUACGAAUACAUCAUCGCUGUACAAUGCAAGCACUAGUGUUGCAACUAACCAGUCAACUACACUCACGCCAUCCUCAGCUGUUACAGAACCACUAAGCACUUCCAAUAUAAGUACUCCUGUUACAAGUAACCAGACAAAUACGCAGGUGCCAUAUUCAGCUGUUACUACUACAUCAUCCCUGCAAAAUACAAGUACAGCUAUUACAACUAACCAGUCAACUCCACAGAUGCUGGCUACAAAUGCUACACUGUCAGUAACCAGUGCAAGUACGUUUGUAGUAACGAUAUUCUCCAGCUCAACAGCACCAACAAGUGUUUCUACAGUACAGACCACUGCCAGCGAUCCAGAUGCUAAUAGAACACAAGAUUUAGCAUUUAGAAUCUACAACAAGGAAUAUUCACCUUUUCUAAAUAACUCAUCUUCAUCAGAGUUUAAAAACCUUGAAAAUGAAACCAUUUCUGCAAUUACUCCCGUUCUUCAUGGGCUAUAUGGAAAUACUCUUGAUAAAGUUUCAGUGAAACAGUUCAGGAAUGGCUCGGUUAUUGCAGAUAUGGCCAUACGAUAUACAAAUUCAUCUGUUACCCCAUCCAGUGAUGAUAUUGUUAAACAGUUUUUUAAUAAUAUUAAUGCAAGAAAUGGACAGCUUGGAAACCUUUCACUUGAUGUAUACAGCAUACGAUCUAACACUGUGACUGUAGCCACACUUCCUCCAGUACAAGUAAAUAUCUCCUUCAUUAUCCAAAAAGCCUUCAACGACAAUUUAUCAAAUACUUCAUCAGCUGACUAUGCAUUAUUAAAGAGCAAUACCAUUCCAUGGCUGCAAAAUAUUAUCCAAAACACUUUAAAUGGAUCAAAAGGAAUGGAACCAGCAGUAACCUUCAGUAACAGCAGCACACUGACCCUUGCAACCUCACAGUUUAACUGGAACACCACAGCUUUUCUUGAUUCACCGAGUGUGAUAAGGGCCAUCCUGAAUAAUGCAAACAAUCUGAACUACACCAUAACUACAGCAAGUGUCACAGUCAAUGAUCUGAUGAUUGAUGACUUCCCUAUCCAAAUGGUAAUACAUAAUUGGACAUAUACAUCACAGCUUGGAAACAAAUCCAGUAAUGAUUUCAACAAUCUUAACUCAGCUCUAACCCAAGCAAUAAAAGCAUCCUUCACUGGGAAUGGAAUUAUUGAAGCAAUUGUUAAAAAUUUUACACAACAGGCUGGGUCUGGCUAUGUUGUGGCAAACACAGAUUUGUACUUUAAAAAACAGACAGCAAAUGAAACGGUAGUGAGAAGAAACCUUGUGGAUAACAUCAACACAGUUUCAACCUUGGAUGUGGAUACUACUUCCAUUAUAUCAGCUGAUGCACUGACUGUCAAUUUUGUAAUGCGUGAUACAAUUUACACAAGUGAUUACAACAAUGCUAUGACAUCUAGUUACCAAACACUGUCAUCUGAAACCCAUAACUGGCUUUCACCAGUCCUCAAAUCAGUCACAUUGGCUGUACGUAACCAAUUCCCAGCUUUUAGUUUCAGUAAUGCAAAUGAACUUGUGAAUGCUACAGUUCGGUAUGCAGUCGAUACCAGUCAAACCGGAAAAGCAAUGGAUGCCGUGUUAGCAAUAAUGAAACAGAGGAAUAAUUUUCAAUACACUUUUAUUCCCAACACUUUGAAUGUAAAUGGUACAUACCCCUCAGUCGAUGCUUUUAAUUUGUCUUUGAGGUUUUAUAAUCAAGAUUACAGCACAGAACUACAGCAUAAAUAUACCAAUGGAUACAAAGCUUUCACUGCACAAGUUAGAAAUGGGCUAUCCAAAGUACUUGGUCAGAAUCAAGGUUUUCUUGAUGUUAUCGACAAUGGUUACAGGAGUGGAUCUGUUAUUGCCGAUAUUCAGACCAUGUAUAACUCACGCUUUUCCACCCGAGCUGAAGUGGUGCAACAAAUCUACAACAAUGCCGACGUACUUCAGAAAAAUGGUCUUAGUCUGGAUACAUCCUCCCUGAUGAGUUCUGAACCUUUACAUUAUCCUCCUGAUAACAGGCCUUUCCCAGGGUUUGCAGUUGCUAUCAUUGUGAUGUGUGGUUUGGCAAUUAUUUUAGCCCCAGUAGUAGCAUUCGUGGUCUGGAAGACUGGUGUUUGUUCAAAAAUGGCUAAGGCAUGUGCAUUAAAAUCUCCAGAGGAAUGACGUGUACCAGGAAAAUAAUAUGGCUGGUAUAUCUAUCCAUAUGGACACCUGAAAUGAAUGAGGGAAGAAAAUGAAAAAAUGUAUUUAUAAUGCAUAAAGACUGUUCUGCCUGUUAAUCUAACUGGACUUCAAGCAAGUCUUGAAUUUGUUCCAAUUUUAUGGAAGACACAUACACGGAGGUCUUAUUUUAGAAAUAACCACAUUAUGUCAUAUGCAGCAAUGUAUAACAUACAACAAUGCAAUCAACGAAAUAUCAAAUUAUUCAUUUCACUCCAAGUGUGGCACGCUGCUGGUUUACUGUUAUUAACUCCUCCGUUAUGUUUACAUAUUUCUUGUUGUUAUAUUCAAGAAGUUGCUGACAUUUUGUCCUUAAUCAUUACUAAAUUAAAGUGAGAAAGGUAUUAUUACUCAGUCCAGUAUACCAAUAUAUUAAUACAUUUUUAGGCAUCAGAGCUAGUGAAGGCAAAUUUAAUAACCAGGUAUUCCAUGAUCUAAAAUAAUGAUAUCGCUCCCAAACAAGAUAAAAGAAUGUCAAAAAGAACAACUGCCUGUCAUAUAAGAUCAUAGGUUCAUAGCCAAAAACCCCUAUUAAAAAUUUCACUCCAGCCUCAGGGAGUAUAAGAUAAGAUAGAUGACGGAGAAUAAGACAGCUCAUGUAAUAUCUAGAUUUACCUUGAAGGUGGCAAGGGUACUUCUCAGCUUCACAUGUAUUGGAAUUUGCUCCAGAGGCGGGAGAUAUGUUGGGAUACAUAUCUAUCCCUCCAAUGUGCCUUAUUAAUCUGCUGAUGAAGGUUUGUUCAUUUAACACUGUAUCUGAGAUACCUUUUCAUCUGUGAAGGAAUAGAAGACCAAAGAAGGUUGGAUCUUUCAUCGCUUAAAAGGCUAGACAAACCUCUGUGGAGGAGUCAGUAUGAGACAGCAUAAAGAGGGAGAUACCAGAGUGUCCUGAUAACUAACAUUUUUGAGCCUUUGAUCUUUUUAGUUAUGAAUGCCAAAAUGUGCAUUAUUUUUAAUAAUGGUUCUGAUGAGAUGCAGGUAAAGGGAAAUUAAGACUUUUUUGGAAUUUAGAUGCACCAGAUAGAAUACAUUCUGAACUAUUGCAAAGAAAGGAUGUCAAAUGAUAAGAAAUUACCAACAUAAACACCUAAAUCUUUUAUAAUAUUAUCUGGCUGGAGUGGUGUGUCACCUAUAUGGUACGUGAAAAUAUUUUGUUUAUCAAAAUGAACUAUGCUGCAUCUUUCAUAUUGAAUAUGAGGCAAUUUGUUAUUGUAUCACUUGUUAACAUGGUCUAACCCAUACUGAAGCAAUUGCAAGCAAUUAUUAAACCGAGAAACUUUUCACACAGUACUUUAUUGCACAUGAAAAAGCUUAGCACUUUAGCAGAAUGUCUCCAAGUGGAUGUUAAUAAAACGGAGAAUAAGACAGCUCAUGUAAUAUCUAGAUUUACCUUGAAGGUGGCAAGGGUACUUCUCAGCUUCACAUGUAUUGGAAUUUGCUCCAUUUGUUAUGUAGGGAAAUACAGAACUAUUUACCAAAUGAACUUUUUUCUGAAACUCUUUUGUUUAGCCUUAUCAGUAAUAUACGACUAAAAGAAUAAUUUCUUUGUUCACGAUAAUAUGCAACCAGAAGAUACAAAUGGAGAUUGUCAAUCAAAAAUAAAUUAGCUACAGUCGGUCAAGAAUAACCAGUGAUUUAUUUUGUGCAUUAACUUGCCUUAUUUUAUAAAUGUAUUUAAUAUUACAACAGUACAUAGAAACAAAAACAAGUGACUAUAAAUGGAAUACUGUAACUGAACAGUUAAUAAAUGGUGGUUUUGUUUACUGUA